AUGGAGUCUCUCUUCGACGCAAUCAACAUUCGCGAUCUUCUCUCUGCACAAGAUCUCUCCGACCGAAGUUCCCCUCUCUCGGCACCGGAUCUCCGCCUCCUCAUCGACCGUGUCGAGUCUCACUCUCUCCAGAUCCGAUCACAGGUACAAUCCUACCUCGCUUCUCACCACGAUGACUUCGCAAGCCUCUUCUCUCUCUGCAACGACGCCGUUUCGCAGACACUUCAGGUCUCCGAUGACCUUGCCGGCGUCCUGCGGCUGGUUUCCGAGCGCCCGGCUGACGUGGAGGUGCGAGAAGUUGUGGAGGAGAUGAAAUCGAAAAGCGAGGAACUGAAGGUGAAGAGAGAGUUGUUAGGUUUGGUGGGAAUAAUUGUGAAUUUGAAUAAGAGAUUGGAGAGUGUUAAGGAAGCGUUGAAGAAUGGGAAGUUUCAGUUUGCUGCUCAAUGGUUGAAGGAGUUGAAGGUUGCAUUGAGGAUUGGGGAUGAAGAUGAUAGGGAGCCAUUGGUGUACGGGUUGUUGAGGAAGGAAUGGUCUCAGUGUUUUGAAGAGAUUCAAGAGGUCCUCGUGAAGUUUAUGGAUAAGGCUGUGCGAUUUGAUGGUGACUUGAAUCAAGUAGAAGUCAAGUAUCAUUUAGAAGUUCAGAAUUUGAGUGGGAUUCAGUUGCAAAUGGUUUUGGAAGCAAUGGAGGUGGUUGGUAUUCUAGAGUAUGGGCUUGCUAAAGUUGCUGAUUUAAUGAUCAAAUAUGUCAUCAUUCCUUUCAUUAAUCGUGGACAACCUCUUUCAUUUCUAGAUGAGUCAAAUCAAAAUUCAGCCGUACUGAAGAUAGUUCCAACGCCAGAUAGUAAGCUCGAGUAUUUGGACGGGGAGCUUCUCUAUUCAGGGAUUGUGCUUUUUAUUAAAUUUAUUUAUAGAAGUAUUUGCUUCAAAAACAGUUCUUGGAUCCGAAGUUUUGGACGUUUGACAUGGCCUAGGAUAUCAGAGCUAAUAAUAUCAAGCUUUCUUUCAAAGGUUGUUCCAACCGAUGCUUCAAAACUACCUGACUUUCAGAAGAUUAUCAAAUGUACAUCUGACUUUGAAACAGCUUUGAAAGAGCUUAUGUUCAUUUCAUCAGAUGACAAGGAUAACAGGCUGAGCAAUUUUGCUGAAAAUGUUGAGGUUCACUUUGCAUUUAAGAAAAAGACAGAAAUUUUGGCUAAAGCUAGAAAUCUGCUCCAUGAAUGUGACUUUUCCAUUCCUCAAGAGUAUACAAGGGAUGGGUAUAUUUGGAAGAAUGAUGAAACUUCUGAUCUUUCAUCCAGCCAUGUGGUUGAUUUGCUUUUCUCAUCAGAGAGGUGUUUGGUGUCCAAAGCAGCCAAACAAUUGAUGGAACUAAUUCAUCAGACACUGCAGGAUGUCUGCCUGUCAUCUACAAAAGUUGCUUUGGAGUUUUAUAAUGCUGCUAGAGAUGCUAUACUUCUUUAUGAAGUGGUAGUCCCUGUCAAGCUAGAAAGGCAGCUUGGUAGCUUCAAUCAAGUUGCUGUUCUGAUGCAUAAUGACUGCCUUUAUCUUUCCCAGGAGAUACUUGGAUUUGCAUUUGAGUAUCGAGCAGAUUUUCCUAGUUCGAUGAAGGAGCAUGCUAUGUUUGCUGAUUUGGCUCCAAGAUUUCAGCUUUUGGCAGAAGAAAUAUUGCAGAGACAAGUUCACCUUGUUAUUUAUAACUUGAAGGAGGCUAUAGAAAGUGCUGAUGGGUUUCAGAAUACUCAUCAAAUGCAACAAUUUGAGUCGGCUAAAUUCAGCAUUGACCAGGUUGUUUUCAUUCUGGAAAAAGUGCAUAUCAUAUGGGAACCAUUUUUGCUUCCUUCAACUUACAAGAAAAGCAUGUGUGCAGUAUUAGAAUCAGUUUUCUCUAGAAUUUCAAGAGAUAUACUUCUCCUAGAUGACAUAGCUGCAGAUGAGACUUUACAGCUACAAAGACUAAUCCAUUUAAUGCUGGAAAGCCUAUCAUCGUUAUUUGAGUCCUUGGCCACGGGUGAUCCGAAUUUGCGUGAGUUCUCUGCAGAGUUUCUUGAAGAUCUUAUUCCAUCUUUACGUAAAAUCCGCAAACUAUCAGAAUUAUUAGAUAUGCCUUUAAAAUCCAUUACAGCAUCUUGGGAGAAUAAAGAAUUGCUCAGUUGUGGCUUUACUAUAACAGAGGUGGAAGAUUUCAUAAAAGCUAUAUUUGCAGACUCACCUUUAAGAAAAGACUGUUUACGGAGGAUACAAAAUACGAGCUUUUAG